AUGGCUACAGAAAUUGGUUCUCCUCCUCGUUUUUUCCAUAUGCCAAGAUUCCAGCAUCAGGCACCUCGACAGCUCUUCUAUAAACGACCAGAUUUUGCCCAACAGCAAGCAAUGCAACAGCUUACCUUUGAUGGAAAACGCAUGAGAAAAGCUGUAAACCGAAAAACUAUAGACUACAAUCCAUCUGUAAUUAAAUAUUUGGAGAAUCGAAUAUGGCAAAGAGACCAGAGAGAUAUGCGAGCAAUUCAGCCUGAUGCAGGUUAUUAUAAUGAUCUUGUCCCCCCAAUAGGAAUGCUGAAUAAUCCUAUGAAUGCAGUAACAACAAAAUUUGUUAGAACAUCAACAAAUAAAGUGAAGUGCCCAGUUUUUGUUGUCAGAUGGACUCCAGAAGGAAGACGAUUAGUAACUGGAGCUUCCAGUGGAGAAUUCACCCUAUGGAAUGGACUCACUUUCAAUUUUGAAACAAUAUUACAGGCUCAUGACAGCCCAGUGAGGGCCAUGACUUGGUCACAUAAUGACAUGUGGAUGUUGACAGCAGAUCACGGAGGAUAUGUGAAAUACUGGCAGUCGAACAUGAACAACGUCAAGAUGUUCCAGGCACAUAAGGAGGCGAUUAGAGAGGCCAGUUUCUCACCCACGGAUAAUAAAUUUGCUACAUGCUCUGAUGACGGCACUGUUAGAAUCUGGGACUUUCUUCGUUGCCAUGAGGAAAGAAUUCUCCGAGGCCAUGGUGCUGAUGUGAAAUGUGUGGACUGGCAUCCAACAAAAGGGUUAGUUGUUUCAGGAAGUAAAGAUAGUCAACAGCCAAUCAAGUUCUGGGAUCCCAAGACUGGGCAGAGUCUUGCAACACUUCAUGCCCAUAAGAAUACAGUAAUGGAAGUGAAAUUGAAUCUCAAUGGCAAUUGGCUGCUUACAGCAUCACGUGACCAUCUCUGUAAACUUUUUGACAUUCGAAACCUAAAGGAAGAGCUUCAAGUAUUCCGAGGUCAUAAGAAAGAAGCCACAGCUGUUGCCUGGCAUCCUGUUCAUGAAGGCCUUUUUGCCAGUGGAGGGUCUGAUGGUUCUUUAUUAUUCUGGCAUGUUGGGGUAGAGAAGGAAGUGGGUGGAAUGGAGAUGGCACAUGAAGGGAUGAUCUGGAGUCUGGCCUGGCAUCCUCUUGGACACAUUCUCUGUUCAGGUUCAAAUGACCACACUAGCAAAUUUUGGACCCGAAAUCGACCAGGUGAUAAAAUGCGAGAUCGUUAUAACUUAAAUCUACUGCCUGGAAUGUCUGAAGAUGGUGUCGAAUAUGAUGACCUUGAACCUAACAGCCUGGCGGUAAUUCCAGGGAUGGGAAUACCAGAACAACUAAAAUUAGCUAUGGAGCAAGAACAGAUGGGGAAAGAUGAAUCAAAUGAAAUUGAAAUGACAAUUCCAGGUUUAGAUUGGGGAAUGGAGGAGGUAAUGCAGAAAGAUCAAAAAAAAGUACCUCAGAAGAAAGUUCCAUAUGCAAAACCUAUUCCUGCUCAAUUCCAGCAAGCUUGGAUGCAAAAUAAAGUUCCAAUACCUGCUCCCAAUGAAGGACUCAGUGACAGAAAAGAGGAUAUUAAAUUGGAAGAGAAGAAAAAAACACAAGCAGAAAUAGAGCAAGAAAUGGCCACAUUGCAGUACACUAACCCACAACUCCUAGAGCAACUUAAAAUUGAAAGACUUGCACAGAAACAGGCUGAGCAAAUUCAGCCUUCUCCUGCAUCUGGCACCCCUCUCCUUGGACCUCAGUCAUUUCCAGGACAAGGUCCAAUGUCUCAGAUUCCUCAAGGUUUUCAACAGCCACAUCCAUCUCAGCAGAUACCAAUGAGCAUGGCUCAGAUGGGGCCACCAGGUCCACAGGGACAGUUUAGAUCCCCUGGACCACAGGGACAAAUGGGACCACAAGGGCCUCCACUACAUCAAGGAGGUGGAGGCCCCCAAGGAUUCAUGGGACCACAGGGGCCCCAAGGCUUGCCUAGGCCUCCGGAUAUGCAUGGACCCCAAGGAAUACAAAGGCAUCCUGGACCUCAUGGUUCUUUGGUACCUCAGGGACCACCUGGACCUCAGGGUAGUUCUGGUCCUCAAGGUCAUAUGGGCCCUCAGGGUCCACCUGGUCCACAAGGGCACAUGGGCCCUCAGGGCCCACCUGGUCCCCAGGGUCAUUUGGGUCCUCAGGGCCCACCUGGUCCUCAAGCCAUACAGGGACCACCUGCUCCGAGAGUGAUGCAAGGGCCUCCUCUUUCUCAUGGGAUGCAAGGUGGUCCAGGGUCUCAGGGUAUCCAAGGUCCUGGGUCUCAAGGACCUUUGAUGGGAUUGAAUCCAAGAGGCAUGCAGGGACCUCCGGGCCCCCGAGAGAAUCAAGGUCCUGCUCCCCAAGGAAUGUUGAUGGCCCACACACCUCAAGAGAUGAGAGGACCUCACCCUCCGAGUGGACUGCUGGGACAUGGCCCUCAGGAGGAAGGACAAAACACAGGCCCCCCACCUCUGAUACCAGGCCUAGGGCAGCAGGGAGCACAAGGUCGCAUCCCCUCUCUUAACCCUGGACAAGGACCUGGCCCGAAUAAAGGUGACAACCGGGGCCCUCCGAAUCAUCAUUUGGGCCCUAUGUCCGAGAGGCGGCAUGACCAGUCCAGUGGCUCGGACCAUGGGCCUCCAUUUCCUCCUGAUCACAGGGAAUUCAGUGAAGGAGAGGGCAGGGGUGCUGCUCGAGUUCCCCCGGGGGCAUGGGAAGGCCGAAGACCUGGAGAUGAAAGAUUCAGCCGGGAUGUUGAGGACUCUCGUUUUCGAGGACGCAGAGAAGAAAGUUUCAGAAGAGGAGCUCCUCCUAGACUUGAGGGCCGUGCACCUCCUAGAGGGAGAGAUGGAUUUCCUGGUCCUGAAGACUUCGGUCCUGAAGAGAAUUUUGAUGCUUCUGAUGAAGCAGCUCGUGGACGAGAUCUCAGAGGUCGAGGUCGGGGUGCACCACGAGGAGGAAGAAAGGGCUUACUUCCUACUCCUGAUGAAUUCCCGCGCUUUGAAGGAGGGCGGAAGCCAGACUCCUGGGACGGAAAUAGAGAGCCAGGCCCUGGUCAUGAACAUUUCCGUGAUGGGCCCCGCCCUGAUCACCCGCCUCACGAUAGUCACUCACCAGCAAGUAGAGAACGAUCAUCUUCUCUUCAAGGCAUGGAUAUGGCAUCGCUGCCUCCCCGAAAGCGCCCCUGGCGUGAUGGGCCAGGCGCUUCUGAGCACAGAGAAAUGGAAGCCCCUGGGGGGCCUUCAGAGGAUAGAGGUGGCAAAGGUCGAGGGGGUCCAGGAACUUCCCAGAGACUGCCCAAAUCUGGGCGCCCCAGCUCCUUGGAUGGAGAUCAUCGUGAUGGGUACCACCGAGAUGAACCUUUUGGGGGUCCUCCAGGUAGUGGUGCCCCUUCUAGAGGGGGCAGGAGUGGCAAUACCUGGGGUAGAGGAAGUAACAUGAACUCUGGCCCACCAAGGCGAGGAGCGUCAAGGGGUGGUGGAAGGGGCCGAUAA